AUGAUUAAAUACAUCCACGGUGACCUCUUCAGUCAUACACCAAUCAAGAAGGGUGCAAUAUCAAUCCUAUGUCAUUCAUGUAAUUGUAGAGGAGUCUGGGGUGGUGGUAUAGCAGCUGUAUUCAGACGUAAAUAUCCUAUUGCUAAUCGAAUCUACGAAGAUUAUUGUGAUGAGUAUAGAUCGCAACCCACCAAAUUGCUUGGAACAACUCAAUUGAUAUUACCAGAGAAAGAUUCAGAACCAUUAAUCGCCUGUUUGUUUACUAGUGACAUGUCGGGUUCAGGUAUCUUACCACCACACGAGAUUGUUCACUAUACAGACUUAGCAUUACAAGACUUGGUCAAGCAAUUAAAACAUCUCCAAUCACAAGAUAAAAAUAUCGAAGUGACAGACAAUGAGAAACUUGUGGUCAAUAUGCCUAAGAUCAACUCGGGUAUAUUCAAUGUUCCAUGGGAUCAGACUGAAGCUGUAUUGAAUAAGUACCCUGAUGUGCACUUUAAUGUGUACGUGAUUGAUUAA